AUGUCUGCGACGCUGGCGGAAUAUCGAGACUAUGCCAUUGAUUAUGCUCAACAUGCCAGCUGCAAGCCCGAGGAACAUACAAGUACGCUUGUUUACCACACGCAUCAGCCACAACUGCAACAUCCGAAGCCGCCAGAUACUCCUUUCCAGCAAGGAAGUUCGCGCAGCACGGCAUUUGAGCACCAUCAUGCAAACGCGACCGUUCUCCCAACCGCGAAUCCCCAUGGACUCCCCCAACAAGUCGUUCUCACACCGGCCCAGAUGCUUUCACGGCAGCUUCCGGUACAAUACACACCGACCAGCUUCGAUAUCCCGUCGAUGCAGCGGGGUAAAAAACGGCACCUUUCCGAAACUGAGGGAGAAGGCGAUGACGCAAAUCAUGGGCUCAGGCCACAGUUAUCCAUCCUCCCAUCAGAAUCGUCUGCUGAACCGACGCACCACUCACCCGAGAUGCUCUUCUCGGUUCAUGGGGACGCUGGGCAACAUCAUCAGAUGCAAGGCCACGACCUUGGACCGCAGGAUUCGGUGGCCCUCCCACAACAUCACCACCACCAUCGUCUCCCCCCACACGCGUCAUUACGCGACUCCCAGCGCCAUGGUAUGAAUAUGGAAUCUUCUCCAUUCCCCUCUGGCCCGCCAAGUGUGGUCGGUCAGCCUGGGAUGCCCGAACCAGCACCCAGGCCACGGGGACCCAAGCUCAAAUUUACGCCGGAAGAGGACGCUUUGCUGGUAGAACUGAAAGAGAACAAAAACUUAACAUGGAAACAAAUCGCCGAUUUCUUCCCGGGACGAACAAGUGGUACAUUGCAGGUCCGGUACUGCACCAAGUUGAAAGCUAAGGACGUGGCAUGGAGCGAUGAAAUGGUCCAACGGCUACAGCGUGCAGUCCAGGAGUAUGAGAACGACCGCUGGCGUAUCAUUGCGGGGAAAGUUGGCAAUGGUUUCACACCAGCAGCUUGUCGAGAGAGGGCUUCUCAGCUUGAAAACCCUCCAUCAUAG